GCUUCAUUUGUGCGCUCGAGAAACCUUAAUCAUGAAGAGAGCGAAAGGAAUUAUAGCUUCACUCAGACAAAUCAACUCAGUUCUACUGAGUCACUCUUCCACAGUUCGGUCUCCUCAUUUCCAGGUGACUCAGUUUUCUCACUUCUCUCAAAAUGUCUCUUCAUCUCUAUUUAGAAAACCUAAUUUUAGUAGUAUAAAUUAUGUUGAUCACAAAAUAAAAUAUUUUUCAUCAAAACCGAAUUUGACAGUAGAUUUAGUUAUGAACAAUGAUUGGUCUGAUGAACUUGAACACGAAUUAAGAAAGUCAAAACCUACUAAUAAAAGCGUUCUGUAUGUGUUAAGAAAACUUAGUAAAAACCAUCCUAUAAAAGCAUAUAAUUUCUUCAAAUGGGCGUAUGAUAAUAACGAUAGUAUUACACCUAAUUCUUCUGUUUAUACUUUGAUGUUAAGAGUUUUAGGUCAGAAAGAAUUUAUUAAGGAAUUUUUGGUUGUAAUUAAAAAAAUGACUGAUGAAGGUUGUGAGUUAGAAGAAGCGGCAUAUGUGAAAAUAUUGGGGAAUCUUAGGAAAGAGAAAUUGAGUGGUGUUGCUGAUGCUCUUGUUGAUUUUUUUGAGGAAAGGGUUAAACAGAGUGCGGUUGAUGCUAUUGUGAAAUCUGCUAUAGGUGUUAUUCGGGAGUUGGAUUGGAGUGAUGAGGUUAUAGGAAAAUUGGAGGAUAUGAAUCUUUUGUUAAAUGAAGAUACGGUGUUGCACAUUUUACGAGGACUUCGUGGGUGUCCUUUGAAGGGUUUACAGUUCUUUUAUUGGGUUGCAGACAAGAGGGGAUUUAGGCAUAAUGCUGUGACUUACAAUGCGGUUCUUAAGGUUCUUGGGCAUGAGGAUUCAAUUGAGAAGUUCUGGGAUGUGAUGAAGGAAAUGAAGAAUGUUGGUCAUGCUAUUGAAUUUGAUACAUAUGUUAAGCUUGCUAGGCAGUUUCAUAAGGCUAAGUUGAUGAAAGAUGCUGUGGAGCUGUAUGAGUUGAUGAUGGAUGGACCUCAUAAACCUUCGGUUCAAGAUUUUCGUACGUUGUUACGCCAAAUUUCAUUGCACCCCGACCCUGAAAUUAGCUUGGUCUUUAGAGUUGUGAAGAAGCACGAGUCAAUAGGUCAUUCUCUUUCUAAGGCUGACUACGACGGGAUUCACAGGUGUUUGAUGAGUGCGGGGAAAUUUGAUGAAGCAGAGGAUAUUAUGGAAACCAUGAAAAAUGCAGGUUAUGAGCCGGAUAACAUCACUUACAGUCAGGUUGUUUACGGACUUUCUAAAGCAGGGAGACUAGAGGAAGCUCGUCAGAUGUUGGAUGAAAUGGAAAGCAAAGGAUGCACUCCUGAUCUUAAAACAUGGACCAUUUUAAUUCAAGGACUUUGUGUGGCGGGUGACGUUUAUAAAGCUUUAACAUGUUACACUGACAUGGUACGGAAGAACUGUCAAUUUGAUGCUGAUCUGUUGGCAGUCUUGGUAACCGGUUUGUGUAAGAUUAAGGAGGUAAGUACUGCAUAUACCUUGGCUGUUGAGAUGAUUGAGCAAGGUCAUCUAAGGCCGUGGCAAGCUACAUAUAAGUUUUUGAUACAGGAUCUUCUAGCAGAAAGAAAAUUUGAAGAAUCGAUUAAGCUUUUGUAUUCAAUGACGGAGCAUAACUACCCACCAUUCCAAGAUCCAUUUCUUCAGUAUGUAUCAAAGUUCGGGUCCGUUGAUGACGCCAGGGAAUAUCUAAAAGCAUUGACUGUAAAGGAAUAUCCAUCUAAUUCCGCUUACGUCAACCUUUUUCAGGCAUUCUUUAAUGAAGGUAGGAUUUUUGAAGCACGAGAUUUGCUUUACAUAUGCCCGCAGCAUAUUCGCAACCAUAAAGACAUUGUGAAUAAGUGGGAUAAGCCAAAGCCAGUUAUUGUGAGUGCCUGAAACUUUUUUGUAUUGCAAUUAUAAUAUCACUAGUUGUAACAACAUUCUGUCAAUCAAGAUUCCAACCUGGAUAUCUCUGAGUUUGGAUCAACUUUCCAACUGAAAUAAGUUCAUGGUUUGUUAUCGCUUUUUAAGGUUUUACA